UCAAAAAUUCGAAACUGCGAAGAGCCGGCAAAAGAAAAAAUAAGUUGCCAGUCCCGCCUUUUCCCGCUGCACGGUGCUAGUCACUUCUCCAUUUCUGAAUCAGUCUUCACACUCAUCAGUGUUCCGUUGGCUUCCCCGGGCCAAACUCGGGGAAUACUACGACUUAGUGAAGAUGAGUACGGUCGAUAAGAUGUUGAUCAAAGGUAUCCGGAGCUUCGACCCGGAGAACAAGAACGUCAUCACCUUCUUCAAGCCCUUAACCCUAAUUGUUGGACCCAAUGGAGCUGGAAAAACUACAAUUAUUGAGUGCUUGAAGCUUUCAUGUACAGGGGAGUUGCCUCCUAACGCUAGGUCUGGCCACAGCUUCAUUCAUGACCCCAAGGUAGCUGGAGAAACUGAAACGAAAGGGCAGAUUAAACUACGAUUCAAGACAGCAGCAGGUAAAGAUGUCGUAUGCAUAAGAUCUUUUCAGCUAACGCAAAAGGCAUCAAAGAUGGAAUAUAAGGCGAUUGAGAGUGUACUUCAGACAAUCAAUCCUCAUACUGGGGAGAAAGUCUGCCUCAGCUAUAGAUGUGCUGAUAUGGAUCGAGAAAUUUCUGCACUAAUGGGUGUUUCAAAGGCCAUUUUGGAAAAUGUUAUAUUUGUUCAUCAAGAUGAAGCCAAUUGGCCUCUGCAGGAUUCUUCAACAUUGAAGAAAAAGUUUGAUGAUAUUUUUUCUGCAACGCGAUACACAAAGGCAUUAGAGGUUAUAAAGAAACUUCACAAGGAACAGGCUCAAGAGAUUAAGACUUACAGGUUGAAGCUUGAAAAUCUUCAAACCCUAAAAGAUGCUGCAUACAAGCUUCGGGAAAGCAUUGGACAAGAUCAAGAGAAAACAGAAUCUGUAAAAUUUCAGAUGCAAGAAUUGGAUGCGAGUGUUAAAAAUUUGGAAGACAAAAUUCAUAAUGCGGAGGCAACAUUGAAAGAAUUGCAGAAACUGCAGGACUUGAUAUCAACUAAAAGUGCUCGACGAAGUGCCUUGUUUGAGGAACAAGAGAAACAGUAUGCAGCUCUUAAUGAAGAGAAUGAAGACACUGAUGAAGAGUUGAUGGAAUGGAAGACUAAGUUUGAAGAAAGAAUUGCUAUUUUACAAACAAAAAUAAGCAAGUUGGAGAGGGAGAUGAAUGAUAUUGACACUAAAAGUUCAUUCCUUAAGCAAACUAUCAAUGAUUCCAUAUGGGAGAUAAGCAAGCUACAAACUGAAGCAGACGCUCACAUGUCUUUGAAGAAUGAACGUGAUUCCUCCAUACAAAAUAUUUUCAUUAAGCAUAAUUUUGGGUCUCUUCCAAAGACUCCCUUCAGUGAUGAAAUUGCCUUAAACUUAACAAAUCGUAUAAAAUCAAGGUUGGUGGAUCUUGAGAAGGAUCUUCAAGAGAAAAAGAACGCAAAUGAAAUUGAACUUAAGACAGCAUGGGAUCAGUACAUGAAUGCAAAUUCUCGCUGGCAAAACACUGAGGCUCAAAAACAAGCUAAAAUAGAGAUCAAGAGUGGCAUUUCAAAGCGCAUUGAAGAAAAGGAAACAGAGCGAGAUUCAUUUGAACUACAAAUUCCUAAUGUAAACCUUACCCAUAUUGAUGAACGGGAAAGAAAGUUGCGGAUUGAAGUUGAGAGGAAGACGAACCAACUUGCUGAGAGAGAAUUUGAAGCAAACAUACGUCAAAAGCAGAGUGAACUAUUUAGUGUAGAACAAAAAAUCAAGGCUGUCAAUCAUGAGAAGGAUAUUAUGGCUUCUGAUUCAGAGGACAGAGUGAAGCUGUCUCUGAAGAAAACUGAGCUGGAGAAUCAGAAGAAAAAGCAUAGAAAGAUAAUAGAUGAUCACAAGGAUAAAGUAAGAAGGGUGCUAAAAGGGAGGAUGCCUUCUGAUAAGGACUUGAAGAAGGAAAUUACACAGGCAGCAAGGUCGGUUGGAAUUGAAUUUGAUGAUAUAAAUGCGAAGUCCCGUGAAGCUGAGAAGGAAGUCAAUGUGCUACAGAUAAAAGUACAGGAAAUUAAUAAUAAUCUAUUAAAGCAUCGGAAAGAUAUGGAAUCAAGAAAGAGAUUUAUUGAAUCCAAGCUUCAGUCUUUGGAACCGCAAUCUUCUGGGGUUGAUUCCUAUCUCAAAGUUUUAGAGGCCUCCAUGGCGAAAAGAGAUGAACUGACAAGCAAAUGUAACAUGGCUGAUGGCAUGCGGCAAAUGUUUGAUCCUUUUGAAAAGCUGGCUCGGGCUCGUCACUUUUGCCCCUGCUGUGAGCGCCCUUUCUCUCCAGAAGAAGAAGACGAUUUUGUCAAGAAGCAAAGAGUUAAGGCUGCUAGUACUACCGAGCAUAUGAAAGCUCUUUCUCUAGAGUGUUCAAAUGCAGACUCUCGUUAUCAGCAGUUGGACAAGCUUCGUUUGAUUUAUGAAGAAUAUGUGAAAACGUGCAAGGAUACAAUUCCCAAUGAAGAAAAGGAACUUCAGCAGCUUAAUGAAGAGCUUGAUACACAAUCUCAGGCACUUGAUGAUGUUUUGGGUGUUUUAGCUCAAGUACAGGCUGACAAGGAUUUGGUUGAAAGCUUAUUACAACCUGUUGAUUCUGCUGACCGGCUCUUCCAAGAAAUUCAAGCUUUGCAAAGGCAAGUUGAGGAUUUAGAAUAUAAGCUUGAUUUUCGUGGACAAGGAGCAAGGACCCUGGAAGAAAUUCAAUUGGAGCUGAACUCACUGCAGGGCACAAAGGAUACUUUGCACAAUGAAUUGGAGAAGCUGAGGGAAGAACAGAGGUAUAUGGAGAAUGAUUUAUCAAAUGUUCAAAUAAGGUGGCACACUCUAAGGGAAGAGAAAAUGAAAGUGGCCAACUCAUUGCAAGAUGUUAAAAGGAUAGAAGAAGAACUGGAACGCUUGAUUGAAGAAAAGAAUCUAGUUGAUCUUGAUGAGAAGCAUUUAUCAGACACCCUAGGCCCACUAUCCAAGGAAAAAGAUAGAUUACUUGCUGAUCAUAAUGAACUGAAAAUUAAACUCAGUCAAGAAUAUGAAGACCUGCUUGAACAAAAGAGAACUUACCAGCAAGAAGCUGAAGCACUGUUUCAAAUGAAUUCCAAAAUCAAAGAGUACAAUGAUUCGAGGAAAAGAGACAGGCUGAGGGAACUACAGGAAAAGAAAUCCCUAUCGGAAUCUCAACUUCAAAGUUGUGAUGUCAGGAAGAAGGAAAUUUUAUCCGAACUACACAAGAGUCAAGAUGUGAUGAGAAAUCAAGAUCAAUUAAAAAGAAAUAUUGUGGACAACUUGAAUUAUAGGAAAACGAAGGCUGAAGUAGAUGAGCUUGGAUCUGAAAUUGAAACCCUAGAAGAAAGAAUACUGAAGAGUGGAGGGAUUUCUACAGUUGAAAGUGAACUCCAGAAACUAUCACAUGAGAGGGAGAGGCUGCUUUCUGAGUUAAACAAGUGUCGUGGAACAAUGUCUGUAUACGAGACCAAUAUUAAAAAAAAUAAGGUUGAUCUUCAACAAGCUCAAUACAAGGACAUAGACAAAAGAUACUUUGACCAGCUGAUCCAACUUAAGACAACUGAAAUGGCAAACAAGGAUCUGGAUAGAUACUACAAUGCACUCGACAAGGCGUUGAUGCGCUUUCACACAAUGAAAAUGGAAGAAAUCAACAAAAUAAUCAGGGAAUUGUGGCAGCAAACUUAUAGAGGACAAGAUAUUGACUACAUUAGUAUUCAUUCAGACUCUGAAGGUGCUGGUACCCGUUCCUAUAGUUACAAGGUUCUCAUGCAAACUGGUGAUGCAGAGUUAGAAAUGAGAGGAAGAUGUAGUGCUGGACAGAAGGUACUUGCAUCCCUUAUCAUACGGUUGGCUUUAGCGGAGACGUUUUGCCUCAACUGCGGAAUUCUUGCACUUGAUGAGCCAACAACAAAUUUGGAUGGGCCAAAUGCUGAAAGUCUGGCUGCAGCUCUCCUAAGAAUCAUGGAGGACAGGAAAGGUCAGGAGAACUUUCAGCUAAUAGUAAUUACUCAUGAUGAGCGUUUUGCUCAGCUAAUUGGUCAACGCCAACAUGCCGAAAAAUAUUAUCGUGUGUCAAAGGACGACCAUCAGCACAGUAUAAUUGAAGCUCAAGAGAUUUUCGAUUAAAGGAUGGCUUCUGGGUUUCCUAGUUUCUCCAACGGAGCUGCAUGCCAUAUGACUUGUUAAAGCCCGCGGCCUAACCCAGAUAAUUUGUUAAUAUUAACAAAAAUGAUAAUGUUGUGAAUAUGGGGAUUGUGGAGAUAGGUAUCUGAGAUCAUUAUAAUGGGAUGAUAUGUGAUCUCGUCUUUGACCAAAAUUUGUAUAUUGUUUGUCAAAAUGAUUGAGUUUUGGGGAAAGGCUACAUAUGUAAGAGGCCUAUUGAAUGCUUUACUCAUAGCAUUGGACAGGAAAAGUUUUGUUUGUGGAAAUGAAAUUAUAUUGUUCUAAUUUCUUAGAAGGCUUGUUUAAAUCUUGUAACCCAAAUGACAUUAAGUGUGUUUUUUAAGGUUUUAAAAAAACUUCUUAAAAGGC